CCGAAACAACAGCGGCUGCCUACCUGUUACUAUCUCUGAGUGAAACUGGCGCCCCGGAAAUCACAAACUGCGUUCCACGCCUACGCCCCCUGUACUGCAGGAACAAACAUGGAGGAACGACUGUCUCGAGAAAGGCAUCAUAAAAGAUCGCAAACCCUCCAUAUAACCGAAAGUUUCCGCCCUCUCGCUACCUCAUCCGCACCCGGGCCGCGCGAGCACAAGAAGGUACUGGUAACCGGGUCCUUACAGCCAGCCCUGUGGCGCUGUGCGAUUCACCUCCUUCCGAUCAUUAUGUCGGUAACCAUCGUCACAAUAAAUCUGAAUGGAAAAAGCCCUUGUGCAGGCGAUGCCUUCAAGCUGGUCGAGUGUGCGGCGGUUACAUCCAUGAAGCCAAGUCAUUAUUGUUAUCAGCUUUGCAGCCUGCUCUAAAAUGCGGGUUCACAAUGGACAGCCAUGCGGAGAGAUUAAGCUAUCUUGCAGCUCACGUGUUGUUUCU